AUGCUCCUCGCCUCUGGUGUGGGGUGCUUUGUUGCAUCGCCACGUGUGGGGUUGUACCGAGUGAGCCCGCAACGCCUCCGCCUUUCGCUGAAGAGCGUGAGCUUUUGGCAAGUUGCCAGCAAUGCAGCCGAUGCAGCCAAGUGUACGACAGGUUCAUACCUCCAAAAAAUCAACUCUACUGCCACAGCGUUUCUGGAGAAAAGAGAUGCAGUAGAUCGCGAGGCUGCUAUUGCCAACCUUAGUGAACAGAUGACAGUAAGAGGUACGCUUUGUCUUGUGCUCGGGGGUAGAAACUUGGGCAAGACGUUGCUCAAGGAAGCAGCUAUUGCCAGAUGCAAAGCAAAUGUGAACAUGGUGUCGGUCGACAUGCGGGAUGCAGACAUGCUGGGCAAGGAUCUGAUGACGGCACUCGACUUGCAACGGCAGAAAUCCCUUGGGUGGGAAGUGUUGGAUGCCGCAGUAUCACGUCAUCAAAUUCGCAUCGACAACUUUAUCUCCCGGAGCAAGAAGGUCCCGUGCAUCAUCGUCGAUGAAGCAAACCUUGCAAUACCUGGAAUAGUGGCUGAAGAUGGACGCGGUCUAGCUGGAUCAGCUCUACAAGCCAUCACGAAGUGGACCAAGCAGACACCUCGAGCAAGUGUGACCAUGAUAUCUUCGGAGUUUAGCUAUCCGUUUCGGCUGUUAGCAAACGGCUUAGCCUUGAGCAGCAUUCAACAAUUGCUUGUCAUUGGCGAAGUGCCACAGUCCGACAUGAAGAAGAUGCUGAAGGAUGAUUGGGGCAUGGACGAAGAUUUGUCAAAGAUGUUCUACGACAUCUUCGGCGGCGACAUUUACACCACCAAGCAGGCUUUAAAUAGCCUCAUUCGGAAGAAAGAUGCUUUCGACCCCUUUGCCGUUCUGCUAUGCCCCGGGCUGCCUUCCUGUGUGAAAAAUGCAGCGGCGAGGGCUCACCUGGCGAACAUAGCCACACAAGGCUUCUCUUUGGUGGAGGAUUUGGAAACAGACGAAGGUGCAAAAAUGAUUGCGGAGAAGAACCUGGGCGGGGUCAUUAGCCGCAACGCCAUCACCUUCGGAUUGCCCGACAUCUUCAACGGCACGGACAAGAAAUGGGCUGUCAUUCCAUCGACUUACCACAUGAAGCUGCUUAUUCACCGCGAGCUCCAACAAAUUCCUUUGCCAAAAUCAGGACGGUGUUUCAGAAAUAGGUUCUCUUGCGUGUUGUGUUCUGUUUUGCUUACACUGUUUGGAAGGAGGAGGUGGAUGGAGGUUAAAUAA